AUGAUCGAGUCUCAGAAGCCCCGAGUCAGAGAGGCAGUCUCCGCUGAGCUCGCUCGCUCCGGGGCUCGACUCGCCGGCUUCGUCCUCGACAUGCUCUGCACCUCAAUGUUGGAUCUGGCGGAGGAAUUCGGCGCUCCCUCGUACAUUUACUUCACCUCCGGCGCCGCUUUCCUCCGAUUUCAGCUCCACGUCCAGGAAUCGCACGACGAGGAAGGGUUUGACAUUACCGAGUUCAAGGAUGCCGAGUUGGCUUGCCCCGGUUUGACCCGCCCGGUUCCAAGUAAAGUUAUCCCUUCCGGCUUCCUGAACAAAGAAUGGUUAGAUAGUUCAACAACAAUCACAAGGAAUUUCAGGAAAACGAAGGGUAUUCUGGUCAAUACGGUGAGGGAGUUGGAGUCGUACGCGCUCGAGUCUCUCUCCGGCGGGAUGAACAUCCCCAAGGUGUAUCCGGUCGGACCAAUUUUGAACCUGAAGGGCGAACCCGAAUCGUCAUCCGAGUCAAGCGGAUCAGAGGAGGAUGAGGUGAUGCGAUGGCUGGACCAGCAACCGGAGUCAUCGGUGGCGUUCCUCUGCUUCGGGAGCAUGGGAGGGUUCUGUGCGGAGCAGGUGAAAGAGAUUGCUUGCGCUCUGGAGGGCAGUGGCCAUAGGUUUCUGUGGUCCCUGCGUCGACUCGAAGGAGGACCGGCGCUUACCCCGACAACAACUGAUUACGGGGAUGUUAGGGAGGUUCUGCCAGAAGGGUUUGCUGAUCGAACGACGGAGGUCGGAAGGGUGAUAGGAUGGGCUCCACAGGCGGUCGUGCUGGCUCACAGGUCCGUCGGAGGGUUCGUGUCACACUGUGGGUGGAAUUCGACCCUGGAGAGCAUGUGGUUUGGGGUGCCAAUGGCCACAUGGCCAAUGUACGCGGAACAACAAUUCAACGCUUUCUUGCUGGUAAAGGAACUGGAGAUCGCCGCAGAGAUCAAGAUGGAUUACCGAACUGAGAGUGGAGAGAUCGUAUCGGCCGAAGAAAUAGAGAGAGGAAUCAGGAGCUUGAUGGAGCAAAACAACCCGAUGAAGGAGAAGAUGAAAGAAUUUUGUGACAAGGUCAGGGGUGCGCUGAUGGAUGGUGCAUCUUCAUCGUCUUCAAUCGCUGAAUUUAUUGAAGAUAUCAAGAUCAAUUAUCGAAGCGAAAGCGGAAAGAUUGUAACGACUGAAGAAGUCAAGAGAGGAACCAAGAGUUUGAUGGAGCUAGCAAAACAACUCGAUGAAGGAGACGAUAUAUGA